UUAUGACCUUAUCCCAAACUAUAAGUGUGGAAACGAUCUUGUCCGUGCGGACUUCUGCGAGACUUAUGAGUGUGCUGAAUAUGCCUCCACUGACAGCAGUGAAAUUACAGAUGCUGUUUGCCAUGUCUUUUGCAUGGGCCUACCAAGAAAUACCCAAGUACCAGCACCGAGACCCUCUGACCUCUAAGGUGCUGCUUUGUGAGCAGUGUCCACCUGGCAUGGCCGUGGGACGCCACUGCAGGAUGGAGGAACCCACCAUUUGUGUCCCCUGCCCAGAAAAACACUUUGCGGAACAGUGGCAUUGGGGAGACAGCUGUCAACAUUGUACAUCUGUUUGCAAAGAAAGGCAGAUUGUACAAAGGGAAUGUAACAGCACUCAUGACAGGCUCUGUGAGUGUAUACCUGGGUAUCACCUGGUCGUAGAAUUUUGUGUCCAUCACACAGCUUGCUUACCUGGCUCUGGAGUCGCUGUACAGGGCACACCAGAGAGGAACACAGUGUGUGAGAAGUGUCCCCAGGGUUAUUUUUCCAGCACAUCUUCAUCCACUGAGCCGUGUAUGCCCCACAGGGAUUGCACUCAACUGGGCCUGAAGACUGUCAGACUUGGCACAACCACCCAGGACACACUGUGUGAAUCCGAGAAUAAAGAGUUCACCUUUGACUGCUCCCAUCAGCACACAGAAUGUCACACUGAAAUUACUCUAUGUGAGGAAGCAAUAUUUCAGUUCCUUGCAUCACCUCCUUUGGCCUCUUUCCCUGUGGAGCGUCUUUCUGAGAGCCUUCCAGGACGCAAAGUGGACUGGAAGAGUGUUGAAAGGCUGAAGAAAAGCUGCAGUCCUCAGCAGCAGGCAUUACAUCUGCUCCGUCUUUGGAGAGAACAAAAUAAGGACCAAGAUAAACUCCUCAGCAUCAUCCAAGAUGUAAACCACUGUGAGAGGAAGGUAUCUCGCUGUGCCAGUGUAAAAAACCUCACUCUGGAAGACCUGUUGCUCUUGAUGGACAGUUUACCUGGUGAGAAAGUGAGCGACAAGGAUGUACGGGCUCUGGUUCACUCCUGUCCCUCACAACGUUACAUUAUACAGCUCCUCCACUUGUGGAAGAUUCAGAAUGGAGGUCAGGACCUGGCCAAGGCUUUAUCUCACAGUCUUCGCAAACUACGUUCGAAAGGCGCCCGCCGUCCCCUUCUAAAAAUUCUAAAGAGGAUCAGUCGGAUUAUUAGCGUGUCAUCCAUACACCGUAUGUAUGAGAAGAUGAUUAUCAACAUGAUCCAGGACAACACAUGUUUCAAAACUAAACUGUACAAUGACUAAUUAUACUGUAUCGAAGGACAAUACAAAUAGAGUUAUUUAAAUGAAAAGAAAUUGUACAUAAAUUUGGACAGGUGUGGGCUAAAAGGGGACAGAGUUGGGUUACUGAUAUGUUGUUAAGAUGCUUUUUUUUUUCUUGUGGCCUGUUAUUAUUUUUUUAUAUUGGACUGAAACUUUGAGUUUUAUUGCAAAAUUGAAAUAUAAGCCAAGUGCUGGAGGAAAAUCACCAAGGUUAUUGCUUGACCUGCUAGGUCUCUGAAACGGAAUGCUUUAUUAAAGUUGUAAAUAAUGGAAAUUGGUUAUGAAUGUAUAAUACAAUAGAGAG